AUGUCUAACCUUCCGUCCUUCUCUCGUGCCAUGUCCCCCUCGCUCUUAGCCAAUGCCAGUACCUACCUUAGUAUAGCUGACAAUGAUGCUGGAGGGCACGCCGGCCGUAUUCUGACUAUAGGUCUUUGCUUCUUUGUCCUUAUCGCGGUCAAGCGUGCUGAGCUACAAUGGUUCAGGGAGCGCUUGUCCUUAGAGACCAACUAUGUUGCUGUCUCAGAGGCUAUUGAGUCAGUGGAGACGUCUCUUAAGGAGACGCAUAAGAUCCCCAGCAAUGCUGCUGAUCCGACUCAAGCCUGGGUUGUCAACCCCGCCGUCACUAGAACGGCAAAAAACCUCACUAAAGACCUCCCGUCUAUCCUCUCCUGCGUCGUUCACAUUGAGCGCGCUCGUGAUAUGGAGCAAAGGAACCGGGAGGAGGCAAAAAAGAAUCUGAAAGAUGCUACAGAUGUUAAGAUGGGAGACGCUCAACAAGACGACGAGGGUGCCCGCAUCGCCGCGGAGGUUAAUAAACAGGUGCAGAAAGCAGUCGCUGCACAGUCCCGCCCACGCACUAACAUAAGUUCUUCUGAUUACCAGGAGACAAUCAGUGCGAAUGUUCACACUGUUCUAGGCAAAUGCAGCCGGACCAUUGAACCCGCAAAAUUGCGGACAAGGUCGCGGCUUGCGAAAUUCAAACACAUGUGGAACGAGGUCUCACAUGCCCACCAACUCUGCAAGAGUGAAUGGUGGCCAGGCGACGACAGCGCGUAUCCAGCAGGCAAGAUCCCAAGCCCGUGGCUCCCUGAUACGUGGCAACAUGAUGCGAGGUGGCUCGAACGCGCGCAGAGGAGGAGGGAGACCCUCCAGGAAAUGAACAUCCACCAUACGCUGGACGCUAUGGCCGGGAAAACAUUUUUUUCGCGGACUUAUACUUUCCGCCCCAGCCAUGUUGCGUUCUGGGUCUCGGUUCAGAAGCAGGGUACAUUUGGGCCCUAA